UAUCUACUAGUAUUAUUUUGGAACAAAUGGUUAGUUUAUACUACUGAACAUUCCAACAGAAAAGAACUUGCCUUUAAGCCGGAGCAAUUCGAAAUGGGAUUUGUUUUAAUUUAAUAACGGUCACAUGGUCCCAACGCAUUACAAUCACACAGGAAAAAAUACAAUUUGCCGAGACAACCCUAGGGAACUAGCUGCUUGGACUGCCUUUAUAAGCACCGCAAGAAAAUAUUGUACCUCAAACGUAAGCCAACGACUGGACAAUACAGUAAUCAUGUGUAUUCCUGCCCUGUGUAUAAAAAUAUAAAAAUGCGUAAGAAAAUCUUCAUCUUCCUGAUACUCUUUCUUUCAUCUAACGAUAUCGCAUAUGGAAAACUUGGCAAUAACACGAAUAUACAUAAACAUAAACAAAAUACCGAGAAGGGUAGCGAAAGAACGAAACGAUCUUCCAAUAUCAAAUCAUUCUUACAGUAUGAACCAAGCGAUGACAAUGGAAUUUCACAAAAGCUCACAGACAAAUUAAAAUUAGAUACUAUUAAAGAUGAAAACCCAUUUUGGGGUGCAAGAGGAAGGAGAGAAAGUUCAUCUUUAGAGAACUCUGAAGAACCUAUGACGUACGAAAAAGUUUGUUCUCCUUACAGCAAAACAUGUCUUUCAAUGAAUUCAAUUUAUAGAAAUGACCUGCCAUUCUGGGGUAAUCGUGGCCGGCGUUAUGACAGUAGCAGUGAAGAAGAUAGUAAAGAAUUUUGGGACGACAGAAUUAGGCGACAAGAAGAAGACGAUCCGUUCUGGGGUAGCAGGGGCAGAAGAACUGAAGAUGAACCAUUUUGGGGCAGCCGUGGUAGACGUUUAGAAAGCAACGAGUUUCAAUCUUCGAAGCACCGCGCCUUAUACAAUGACGAUGAAACACCGUUUUGGGGAAACAGAGGCCGACGGAAGAUGGAUGCACUAUACAAUGAACCAGAACCGUUCUGGGGCAACCGAGGUAAGAAAAACAAAAAUGCACUUCAACAGUUUAAUGAAGAAGAACCAUUUUGGGCAACGAGAGGUAAAAGGUACCGGAAUUUCGAUGAUACUCUAAAACCAUUUCCAUCUGAUUUUGAAAAUAAUUCCAAAUUGUCACGUUUAAGGGAUCCUACUUCAUUUUGGGCAAAUAGAGGUAGAGAUAGUAAAUUGAAAUAUCUUUUUACUGGGACAUUAAGAGGUCGUGACAAAGCACACGUUAGUAAAGAAUUGAGUGUGGGGUUCCACGUCAAGCCUUUGGAGCCAAAUACAAUUCAGGAUGACAGAAUUUACGCUGAAGAACCACGUUAUAUUUUAAUUGAACGUAGUAGUAGGUCGUCCAUGGAGGAUGAUCCAUAUAUUAUAACAAGAGGAAAAAAGUAUGGGAGUCGUAUAGCUAAAGCUGCAAGAGAUCGGCGAGGAGCACUUGAAGACAUAGUGAGAUCGGUACAAAAAGAUCCUUAUUAUAUAGCGAGAGGUAAAAAAAAUUCGUUUAUCAAAAUUGGCAAUACUAUUAUGGCACUUGAGAGUUUGAAUAAAGAUAAAGUUUGUAGCAUGAUUCAGUCCCUACAGGGACAAACAGGCAAUAAAAGGAAAAGAGAAGUAAGUGAUCCAGAAAGAGACAGAAGAGCUAUUUUACAAAGGUUGGCUGCAAAAUUGCAAGAAGAUCCUUAUUUUGUAAGUAGAGGCAAAAAAGACAAAAUAAAUGAAAAUGAGAAGAUUCAAGCUUUUGUUGCCGAUAUCGCUGAUAUGUGUAGUUAAAUUAAAUAAAUUUUAAUGUUAAGUAAACUACAUACAGAAGAAUAUGUAGAGCUGCUAUAAAGUAACAUUGUAUCAAUUAAAGAUAAAAGUGGUGCAUUCAAA